CCAAGCCCUGCCGGCUCAAAGCCUCCACUUUUUUUUUGUUUUAGUCUUCAUGUCAGCAAUCCCCUCAUUUCUCAAUCAUUGCAAUAUGGAACCCUAAAGUGUUUCUCUAAAAUUCCACAUUUUCCCUUCCUGAUUGCCUUUUCAACCUCUUAAUACCUCAAUUAGCUUGUUGAUCGCGGUCGUUCCUCUCUCCUGUUCCAUCGAAAUCGUGAAAUUCAUCAAUGGCGUAGUGGUUCGUCCUCAAGUUUCAGGCUUCAGGCUCUGACGGAUGCUCGAAGUUUCCAGUUUCGCUGGGGUGUUGUAAACAGAGUAAUUGUUUGGUAUUUCUGGAUAGGGUUGCAGUUUUGGGAUGGCUGCCGCAGGCAAAGCUGAUGCUGUUGUUGCUGUGCCGGAGCAUUUCCCGGUCGGGCUGAGGGUGCUGGUGGUUGAUGAUGAUAUUGUUUGGCUCAAAAUUAUCGAGCAGAUGCUUCGCAAGUGCAGUUAUAAUGUGACCAUUUGUUCCCAAGCAACUGCUGCACUAAGCUUAUUGCGGGAAAGAAGAGGCUGUUUUGAUAUUGUACUAAGUGAUGUUCAUAUGCCUGAUAUGGACGGUUUCAAACUCCUUGAGCAUGUUGGGCUUGAAAUGGACCUUCCUGUGAUCAUGAUGUCGGCAGAUGAAAGAACUAAUCUUGUAAUGAGAGGAGUUCAACAUGGGGCUUGUGAUUAUCUUAUUAAGCCUAUACGUCAUGAGGAGCUGACAAAUAUCUGGCAACAUGUUGUUAGGAAGAAGUGUAAUCUAAAUAAAGAAAAUGACCAUUCUAGCAGUUUUGAAGAUAAUGAUCGAGCUAAAGAGGGAACUGAUGAUGCUGAAUAUGCUUCACCCAUCAUUGAAAGAGCUGAUGGAGUAUUGAAGUCUGCAAAAAAGAAAAGAGAGUCUAAAGAAGAUGAUGAUCCUGAAAUGGAAAAUGAUGACACAGCUGCUGCAAAGAAGCCGCGUGUGGUUUGGUCAGUGGAACUUCAUCAGCAGUUUGUUUGUGCUGUUAACCAACUUGGGAUUGAUAAGGCUGUACCUAAGAGAAUCCUAGAGCUAAUGAACAUUCCUGGAUUAACAAGGGAAAAUGUUGCUAGUCAUUUGCAGAAAUUUAGGCUUUAUUUGAAAAGGUUGAGUGGAUUUGCUCAACAGGGUGGACUACUGAAUUCCUUCUGUGGACCAAUUGAAUUGAAUCCAAAGAUGUAUGACAUACAAGCACUAGCAGCCUCAUGCCAAAUUUCUCCCCAAACAUUGGCAGCUCUUCAUGCCGAGCUUCUAGGUCAACCAUCUAGUGGUCUAGGUUUGCCAACAAUUGACCAUCCAGCUAUGCUACAUGCAUCUCUGCUGGGACCCAAAUAUAUUCCUGAAAAUCAAGAUGUGUCUUAUGGUCAGCCUCUGAUGAAGUGCCCGCCAAAGAUCUCCAAGCAAGUCACUCAACAUUUGCCAACAGAGAAUAUUUCUUCUGCUGUUGGAGCUUGGCCUCCAAAAAACAUUUGUGUGGUUCCUAGUAUUAAUAUUAGUGGUGUAGGGGCCCAAAACAGUAAUAAUAUGUUAGCAACAGUGUUGAAACAUCAUCAGCAAUGCCAAACUCAGCAACUAGUGGGGCAACCACAGAAGUUAUCUACUAGCCCGGAAUUUUGCCGCCCAGUUAGUGUGCAGCCCUCUUGCCUAGUGGUUCCUGCCACCAAUUCUCAAGGCACAAGUAAUCUGGCUCCAAUAAGCCAGACCAACAAUUUUAGCAACAGUAAUGAUGUUAUAGAUUCCAGAAUUCUUUCUCCUCAAUCAGGUUCUCUCUCUCCAUCUGUCGCAUCAUGCUGUGCAAAUGCUGAUAACCGCACUAGCUGGCAAAUUCAGAACUCAGCUUGCAUGAUUAGCGGUGCUAAUAGAGAUCUGGAAGGCAUUGUACCUAACCUUGGCAUUCCUGUUCAAAACCAUCAGAAACCUGACCAAUUACUUGACCAGGAGCCUGCUAAGAAUCUUGGGUGUGCCAGUAGAGGAUCAUCCAUUCCUAGCCGAUUUGCUGUUGAUGAAUCUGAACUAUCAAUAAGCAACAUACAUCAUUCUAGAGUCUAUAAUGAAAAUAAUACAUGCAUAGUGAAGCAGGAGCCGGGUAUGAAUAUUGUUGGCAAUACAAAUGUUGGUGUCCAAAUGCUCCGAGGAAUUCCUCGAAAUGACUUCAUGAGUGUUCUCUUCUAAUUUGGUUUUUUUUUAUAAAAAUUGUAUAUGCUGGAUGAUGUAUGAUGAUGUUCCGGAAUUAUGAAGGGCGUGAAGUUAAUAUGCUUACAUUGAGGGGAUACGAUUCAAAAAUCAGAAUUGGAUGAAUAAAGGUAAAUAUUAUUGGCCUUCGUGUGUUGAAUGAACUGAUGAGCUUAAGAUGAGUGGUGUAAAAUAGUUCAUGGAGUGCAAGUUCUACAAAUGCAGUGUUCAGUGUUGUUUGUUUAGGGAAAUAAAAGUCUUAGGAUUGUCAUGCCAUGUAAGAAUGAAUAUUCACUUGACUGGGCACUCUCUCUGUAAAUUUGUAUGUAUUUAAUUUGUCACAUUCAUUAUUGUGCACGUUUUUGCUUUCUCCCAACAUUCUAGCCUCAGUUCACGGAAGGUAUAAGUACUUACCUAUAUAAAAAAGAGUAAAUUCUAUAAUUGGUC